AUGGCCUCUCCUCUUCUUCUCAGACAGGCUCUACUCCUCCGCGUUUGCUUCCAUAACUACCAACGCUUCGCUGCCGGAGCUGUCGCGGCGCGUCACCGUCCGUUGUGCAGUGCCUCCGCCAGCCUACCUUCGGACCAGGAAACAAACUCCAGCAGCAUUAGCAGCAGCUCCUUUGCGCGGAAAGCUCAGCUCCCGACAGGGCAGUCGCGGUGGGCGGAAGACCCGGAGUACCGGAAAUGGAAGGACAAAGAAGAGGAGAUUCUGAAGGACAUUGAGCCUGUAGUUAUGCUCGCCAAGGACAUUCUCCACUCCCAAAGGUAUAUGGAUGGAGCGCGAUUGAAUGCGGAGGACGAGAAAGCGAUUGUUGAGAAGCUUCUUGCUUACCAUCCACACUCUGAAGAUAAGAUUGGGUGCGGUCUUGAAGCUAUUAUGGUUGACCGCCAUCCCCAAUAUCGACAAUCAAGGUGUCUUUUUGUUGUGAGAACUGAUGGUGGCUGGAUCGAUUUCUCCUAUCAGAAGUGCCUUCGGGAAUACAUUAGAGAUAAGUACCCUACUCAUGCGGAAAGGUUUAUUCGACAACAUUUUAAGCGUGGGAGUGGUUGA